AGCUCGUUCGUCGACGAGUCUCCUGAAUAGUCUUCAGUGAAACGUUGAACUGAACAGAUCUCAACUUAGCAGAGGAUACAAUUUGGUCUCCAUCUCGGUCGUUCGAUUGACAAAAAACGUGAUAAGUGAUAAGUGCGAGUGUCAGAGAUUCAGAAAUAGACAGAUAUGGCUAAAAUACCAGCUGUUGGAAUUGAUCUGGGCACAACCUAUUCGUGUGUUGGAGUGUUUCAGCAUGGUAAAGUGGACAUUAUUGCCAACGAUCAGGGCAACAGAACCACGCCAUCCUAUGUGGCAUUUACGGAUACCGAGCGGCUGAUUGGAGAUGCCGCCAAAAAUCAGGUGGCCAUGAAUCCGAAUAAUACAAUUUUUGAUGCCAAACGUCUGAUCGGCCGCAAGUUCGACGAUCCAACGGUGCAGUCCGACAUGAAGCACUGGCCAUUUGAGGUGGUCAACGAUGGCGGCAAACCUAAGCUGAAGGUCGAGUACAAAGGCGAGAAAAAGACAUUCUUCCCGGAGGAGGUUUCAUCGAUGGUUUUGACCAAGAUGAAAGAAACCGCUGAAGCCUAUCUGGGCGUUAAGAUAGCCAACGCUGUCGUCACUGUCCCGGCGUACUUCAAUGACUCACAGCGCCAGGCAACCAAGGAUGCUGGAGCGAUUGCGGGACUGAAUGUGUUGCGAAUAAUCAAUGAACCGACAGCCGCAGCCAUCGCGUAUGGUUUGGAUAAAAAGGGAUCGGGCGAAAGAAACGUUCUUAUCUUUGACUUAGGAGGUGGUACCUUCGAUGUGUCUGUUUUGACUAUCGAGGAUGGCAUUUUUGAAGUCAAAUCAACAGCAGGCGAUACACAUCUGGGUGGUGAGGAUUUCGAUAACCGAAUGGUGAGCCACUUUGUGGAGGAGUUUAAGAGAAAGCACAAGAAAGAUAUCUCCAGCAAUAAGCGUGCAUUGCGUCGUCUGCGCACAGCAUGUGAGCGAGCAAAGCGUACAUUAUCUGCCUCCACUCAGGCUAGCAUUGAGAUUGACUCCCUUUUUGAGGGUAUCGAUUUCUAUACCUCGAUGACCCGUGCUCGUUUUGAAGAGCUGAACUCUGAUCUAUUCCGCGACACAAUGGAACCUGUUGCAAAGGCUCUGCGGGAUGCCAAGAUGGACAAGGGAAAUAUCCAUGAUAUUGUUCUGGUCGGUGGAUCGACUCGUAUUCCCAAAGUACAGAAGUUGCUGCAGGACUUCUUCAACGGUAAGGAGCUGAACAAAUCCAUCAACCCGGAUGAAGCUGUUGCGUACGGAGCAGCUGUUCAAGCUGCUAUUCUGCAGGGUGAUACCUCGGAGGCUGUACAAGACUUGCUGCUACUUGAUGUUACCCCACUGUCUCUAGGUAUUGAAACUGCUGGAGGAGUUAUGACCGUUCUUAUCAAGCGCAACACCACCAUUCCAACUAAGCAAACCCAAACCUUCACUACAUAUUCCGAUAAUCAACCCGGCGUUUUGAUUCAGGUUUUCGAAGGUGAACGUGCUAUGACCAAAGAUAACAAUUUGUUGGGCAAGUUCGAGCUCAGCGGAAUCCCCCCGGCACCUCGUGGAGUGCCACAAAUUGAGGUUACUUUCGAUCUCGAUGCUAAUGGCAUAAUGAAUGUUUCUGCUAUUGAAAAAUCUACCAACAAGGAGAAUCGUAUCACUAUCACUAACGACAAAGGUCGUUUGAGCAAAGAGGACAUUGAUAGGAUGGUUAACGAAGCAGAAAAGUUCCGCAAUGAGGAUGAGAAACAGCGUGAGAAGAUUGGCGCGAAGAAUGCUCUCGAGUCGUACUGUUUCAACAUGAAAUCCACCAUAGAGGAUGCAAAUGUUAAGGAUAAGAUUCCAGAAUCGGACAAGAACUUGAUAAUGGAGAAAUGUAACGCUACUAUUGCUUGGCUGGAUGCCAAUCAAACCGCAGAGAAGGAUGAGUUCGAACAUAAACAGAAGGAGCUGGAGGGCAUCUGUAAUCCGAUCAUUCAAAAGCUGUACCAGGGCGCUGGAGGAGUGCCUGGAGGAAUGCCUGGAGGUAUGCCAGGGGCUGGUGGACCACCACCGACCGGAGGCGCGGGACCGACCAUUGAGGAAGUCGAUUAGAUAUAAUGCUAUUUUUGCUAAAAGGAUAACUUCUUUCGAAUGGGGAAUAAAACAAUUGAAACAAAUAAAA